AUGUUGAGAUUUGUGCAACACUCACAUGUGCUCAAGACCAGGGUCUCUAACCAGAUCGUGUCGGCCAGCGCUAGGUCGCCGUUCCACCAUUCGCUGCGGCUUAAUUCUGCCGUAGCUAUGGAACGGACGCCCUCACAGGAGUCGGCAGCAGCGGCCGCUGCCGCUGCCUCCCCACAUGCUGCCAAGGCUGUGGAUAAGGUGCGGGCAAUGCGCAGAAAUAUCAAAAUUGACAAACAGCUGGCGGCCACACCAGACUCGCCAUGGUUCCACAAAGUGUGUGCAUUCGAAGAUUGUGUCGCACAAACGCUGUACUUAUCCCAAACACCACGCAGACGUAACAACAAUAACAACAACAAUAACGGAAACAACAACGCGCGUCGUGGACAGUCUAUGUCCGGAGGAAAUACCAACCCGCUCUUUUGGGACUCCAUAGGCCGCGCCAUGGGGCUGUAUCGUGAGCUUCUCGGCACUCCAGAGCUUAACAGCGAUCGCGUCUCAAAACUUGUGCAUCUUCUGCAUAACGGGCUUCGCGCCAACCGGAACCAGCUAACGCGCAUGAACAAAAAACCUGACUAUGACUCACAAUCUUUCCACAAGGAGAUGACCAACUAUUUGUGCGAGUCGCUACGUGAAAUUUCGCAAGACGCGCUAUCCGGUAAGGUCGAGCUCAACGAGUACGGUGCGAUGCACUUGAUCACAGCUUUCAAAGAGCUACUUCUUCUGGAAGAAGCAGUCAGCAUAUGGCGUUCUGCUAUCAAUGGCAGCAACAACUACACCGCCAACAUCUUCCUCAACCCUAGAGUUGUGGGUGUCGUGCUACCCAUUCUGUACGACAAUGGCGUAACUUACGCAGAGAUCCAAGAGCUUUACGAGAAAUCUUCUGCCAUGAUCAACUACUUCCAUCCAAAUCUCUCGGUCGGUAUGAUCCGCGCUUCUUUGAGCGCAGGUGAGAACGAAAUGGCCCUCAACCUUUUCCAAAAGCUAUGCGAAGAGUCAAGUGAAAUGAAGUAUGGUUAUUUGAUAGAGACUCAUCUCUCUUUUAUCGGAGAGUGCAAAGAUCUUUCCAUUUCCCAGGCUUUCUUCGACAAAGCAUUGAACAAUGAGAUGCCGUACAAAAUCGACCUGCAGGUCUCCUACGUCAAGUCUUUCCUACGAAACAUUUGGUCCCAAACUCGCGACUUCCAAAAGGUGUACGACAUUUGGUACAAGUCCUCGGUGCAUUACGGUCGCGACGUAAAUCACGGUAUCUCUUCUUCGCUGAACGAUACGUUCUUCGAUAUCUUCUUCGAAUACUACUCCCAAGACAAGCUAACAGGACUCCAGCAGUUGCAAGAAAUGAUCUCCACUUACAACAAAAUCAAGCCUAUCGAUGAGCCUUUUUUCAACAUCAUCCUCGCCAAAUGUACUGUCUGGAAGGACCGCCAAAUCAUCGAGUCCAUCGACAAAGCGUACGAUUUAUACCAGACUCCAAGAACCAUAGUUGCCUACCGUAUUUUGCUUAAAUCCAUGGGAUCCGUUCAAGCUACCAACCAAGAGAUCUUCCAGCGUUGGUGUAACCUUGUUUCCAAAUCCGACGAGAUUGGUCAAUCCUUCAUUGCUAACGCCGACUGGGCAGCUUUGAGAGACGCCACCGUCACCUGGACCCAAAACAGCUCCUCUCAACCAGAAGACAUUUACAGCAGCGAUGGUUUCAACGCCGCCAUGCAGGCUGCCACUGCUUCCGGCGCUUUUGACGAUAUUCCACAACAAACCCCACAACAUCAGCAGCAACACCACCAGAUGCCCGAAAACCGGUUAGAACUCUACAUGAAGAUUGUCAAGCGUUACAGCCCCUAUUGCCGUGACUCCAGACAACUUUCACGCCUGACCUCGGGCACAGCUGUCAAAUACCCAGUGUUGCAACAAGCUCUGCCCAAAUUUAACAAUUUGGAUGUCAGUGACGUCUAUAUUCCUCAAUUCCACAAUCUGAGACCACAGAACUGA